AGGAAGCACCACCACACACAACUUCCAUCUCCUUGACUCCGUCUCUUCUCCUUUUCUUCGCACCACCUCCCUCGGCGGCUCCCACACCCUUGCUGGAAGACGCCCCUCCUCCCCUUCCGGAGAAACAGAAGACAGAAAGAUGGCCCUCGAUCAAGAGAAGCUUGCCAAGCUGCAAUCGGCCAGCCGCCUCGGCGGAAAGGGCACGCCCCGCCGAAAGGUCGUCCGCAAGCCCAAGGGGCCCGGAGGUGCCGAUGGUGACAAGAAGCUGCAGGCUGCCCUCAAGAAGCUCAACGUCCAGCCAGUCAACGGCAUUGAGGAGGUCAACAUGUUCAAGGAGGACGGAAAUGUGCUCCACUUCCAGGCUCCCAAGGUGCACGGACUCGGAUCGUCCAACGUCCACGCCGUCUACGGCCAGGGCCAGGACAAGGAGCUCACCGAGCUCGUCCCCAGCAUCAUCAACCAGCUCGGCCCCGACUCGCUGGCGAGCCUGAGGAAGCUCGCCGAGAGCUACCAGGCCAUGAACGCGGCGCAGCAGCAGGCCGCCCUGUCCGGCGGUGCGGAGGGAAAGGCGGCCGCCGAGGAUGAUGACGAGGUUCCCGAUGUGGUCGAGAACUUUGACGAGGCUGAGGGCAAGAAGGACGAGCCAGAGGUUGAGAAGCUCGAUUAGGCGCUUCAAUCACUCUGCUAGAGGUAGAGGGCGAAAGAGGUGCUGGAGGUGAUUGCGGUGGGCGAGCAUGGCGGAAAGAUGAAGGGCUUGUAAGGUGUUGCGACGUUGCAAAGGGGUUUGGGAAGGGCUUCAGAAAGUACGGAUGCCGGCGUGAUGACGACUAUUCUAUAAACUCGCCUCACUCUUCUGGCAUGUCUCUCUAUCCUCGUCUCCUCUUCCCUGUAUAUGAUUUUGCCCCUUCUGUUCCUCUCCUCUGUUCUCUUCUCCUCCUUCUCGUUAGCUACGACCCCACCACCCAAAAUAACACUUGGAUCGAUUUUCUUUUUGAUGCCCAGCAUCGAUGAAGUGGAGAUGGGGGCCGAUAAGACGUAGCAUUCUAGUGAAGCGGCGCGGAGAGAGCAAAGAUAGUCACACAGAAGGAGUAGCACUGCCAGGAAUAGGGGUGGAAGAG